AUGCUACCGCUAGGCUACAAAGAAAUCAACGAAAUGGCGGACAAGAUCAACGCACCGCAGUGUAUCGUUGCACGUGGCGUUAGGCUGUUCGAGGAAACGCACGAAGCCCCGAUACUGCAGCACCGUUCGAUCGCAGCUAGCGCGGCGGCCUGUCUGUACAUUGCUUGCCGCUUGGAAAAGGCUCCGAGGACGUUCAAGGAAAUUUGUGCCGUCAGCAGCAUUAGCCGGAAAGAGCUUGGUAACUGCUUCCUGCGCAUCGUCAAGGUCAAUCAGAUGUCCAUCGGUCGGAUCACGACGAACGACUUUAUACCGCGGUUUUGUGCAAAACUCGGUUUGCCUUCUAAGGUACAUCGUUGGGCGAGUCACAUUGCUCGGAAGGCAACGGAAAUCGGCUUGGUUGCUGGCCGGAAUCCGAUCUCCGUGGCGGCCGCUGCCAUCUUCGUGGCAUCGCAGGGAUCCGACAGCAGGAAAACGGUGAAGGAAAUCUGUGGCAUUUCCGGUGUGAGCGGGUCCACCAUCAGGCACUUGUACCGGUUGAUGUGCCCAUACGCCAAAGAACUGUUUCCCGAGAAUGUGAAAGACUCCGCUACGCUCCACGAUAUGCCGCGCCACCACGAAGCAUAUGGUUGA